AUCUUCUUAGUUCUUACUCACGCUUACGUCAUUUACGAUAAACUUUAAUCUGGAACGUUCUAAAAAUAUUUGUCCUAAUAGUGGCGCAGAAACAGAAACAAUUUAUAAGGUUUUAGUGAACGUCGUUGUCAGGGAACUUUAUCGAAAGACCAAAUAGUUUAAUCGUUAAAGGCGGUGAACGAUUCUGUUGUUUUUGUGAAAUUGCCCAAAAUUUCAAUCAUGGCGCCGACCCUUACGUCGUUUAUCAACUCUUUCGAAAAUAGAUUGGAACCUCCAGUCAGACAGCACCUCAAGAAUGUUUAUGCUUGUCUCACUAUGUCGACGAUGGCGGCAGCUGUCGGCGCUUCCGUCCAUUUAUUCACCGAGAUUUUACAAGCAGGAUUCAUUUCUGCAAUUGGUGCGCUGAUAUUCUUCGCCCUAUUAAUGUCGACACCCGAUGAUGAUGGCAAGAAAUUGCAACUAAGAGUGGGAUAUUUACUGGGUUUUGCCGGACUAAGUGGAGUUGGCUUAGGUCCACUUCUUGAACAUGUAAUACUUGUGGACCCGAGUAUCAUUAUAACCGCUUUAGUCGGCACAUCCUUGGUCUUUGUGUCAUUUUCUAUAUGUGCUAUGCUUGCGGACAGAGGUUAUUGGUUAUAUUUAGGUGGUACUUUAUUGACUAUGUUGAACACGCUAAUGAUAAUGGCACUCGCUAAUAUCUUCUUUGGAUCGGUCAUCUUGUAUCAGGCCAAUUUAUAUCUAGGAUUACUGCUUAUGUGUGGAUUUGUGCUAUACGAUACCCAAUUAAUAAUUGAGAAACGUCGUAACGGUAAUAAGGAUUUUGUUACUCAUUCUUUGGACUUGUUUGUUGACUUUAUUGGAAUAUUCCGUCGCUUACUUGUUAUCUUGACAAAUAAGGAGGAAUCUCAACGAAAACGGCGAAAUUAAAGGUGGAAGAUUUAAGCUAUGGGUUGGGAUCAUAACACACUAUUUUCUAAUCUAAAUUAUAAAGUGUUAGGAAUAAAGAUGCAAUAUUAUUAUUUAAUGUUUUAUUACCUAAGUACUGUUUAAUGUGAAUGGAAUAUCUUUUAGUUGUAAUAAAUAGUUUUAUCUACCAAAGUAUGUUGGUGUAAAAGGAAUGUACCAUGUUCUUAAAUGUGGUUCUAAACACCAAGCGAUUUUUAAUACACCAUUCUCAAGAUUUUUAAAUGUAUUAAAACUAUACAAGCAUGUUGGCGUAAUUUAAGCAUAUAGAAGAAGCAAUUCUUGUACUAUGAACCACUUCUUUUCAAAUAAAACUUAAAAAGUU